ACUUUAUUAAUAUACUUUGGUAGUAUAUAAAGAGAAAAAGAAAAAUGUUGAUAAUAGUGGAAAACAUUUAGACACGCCGAGAAAUAAAGUUUCAAAUAACAUCGUCGUAUAUAAAAGAAUAACUUUUUGGUGUUACGAUAAAAUGCAAAUUUUGUUAAUUAUUUAAUUAAUUAAGUGAUAAAAAAAUUGGAAUAUUUUCGUUAUAGAGUAAUAUUGCUAAAUUAGGAACAGCAUAGCGUUCUUAUUUGAAAUAAGAUUCUAUUUUCACGAAUAGCUACAUGAUUAUGAAACUGAUUUGUAUGUAACCUCUCUCUACUUCUACCUAGCAGCUAAAAACAUUUGUUAAUUGAGUGCCGAGCAUUUGAAAUAAAGAACAAAAUUAAAAAAAUAUAUUAAUUUACUUAAAGUAAGAAGAAAAGUUCCUGGGCUUUGAAUUUGCAAAAAGUAAUUGUUCAUCUUUAACACAUUGGUGGACAAUUGAAAAAAGCAUGCAUCAUGGCUCGUCAUAUAAUGGCUGUUUGUGUGGUAUGUCUGUUGUGUGCAGAUCAUUUGCCAUGCCAACAACAUGUUGAAACAUUAUUUCCUGCCCAAACCUUAAACACGGAGUAUACACAAUUGAAUGCAAUUGUUUACAAUACAAAUGAUUUGUCCAAUUCCGUUUCAUCGAAAACUCCAGCGACAGAAACCACCGUUGCAUAUGCCACAUCAUCUAGUGAUAAUCGUCGACGCCGAAGAACAAAGAGACAUUCAAGCGACCAAGGUCACGGUCAUGACAGUGACUCUUCGCACACACGACCCGAAAUUACAGAAGCAUUCUUAAAAAGAAUAUUUAAUGAAUUCGGUAGCGGUAAUGAUACAAUAAAUGUUCAAGAUUUUCAACGAAUGUUAAACAAAUUGGGAUUACAUCAGCUGCUGCCGCAACAAUUACAUAAACUCGAUAAUAAUAAUAACAAUAAUGAUAAUGAAACCUGCAUUGCUGAUUCAAAUUUGGUGCAUUAUAUUAAGCCUCACAAUCCUCCAUUACAUGAUCAUCAUAAUCAUAAUAUUGAUAAUAAUCAUCACCAUCAUCAACAUGAACAUCAUCAUCAACAUCAACAUGACAGCGAAGAAAUUUCUAAAAAUUGUACAAACACCAACUCUGAGGGUUGUACUCAUUCAAAUACUUCAGAGCAUAGUGAAAAUGAACAUGUCGAUUAUGCUCUCAGCCAAGAAGAUAUCGUAAAUGUAUGUCCAGUACUGUUAUAUAAACUAUCAUCGGCCAAUACAGGUUGUAUAACAAAAGAAUUAUUAAGGGAAAUCGAUGAACAUGAAAUGAAACAUUUUCAACAAAAUAGUGAAGACAUUCUUUGGGUAUGGAUUUAUGCAUUUAGCUCGGUUUUAGCCUGCAGUAUUCUUGGUUUAGUUGGUGUAGCAAUUAUACCUUUUAUGAAUUCACGUUUUUAUAAACACAUCAUUCAAUUUUUGGUAUCAUUGGCUGUUGGUACUAUGACUGGUGAUGCUCUUCUUCAUCUGUUGCCCCAUUCACUUGCUGGACAAAAUGAAAGUAAUAUGAUCUUUAAAGGUCUUACUUGUAUGGGUGGCAUUAUUUUCUUUUAUAUAACCGAACAUGGCUUGACCAUGAUAUCAGAGUGGCGUAAAAGCGUGGCUAAAAAGGAGGCCAAUCAGCCUUCUAGAGCUAAAGUUAUGAGGGAUCCCGAUUCGUCUCUAAACAAUUCUGUGGCUGGCGAUAAAGUUUGCAAAUCGAAGUACAGUUCAUAUCCAUAUUGUUAUGAUGAUAUUGCCAUGGAUACGAAAAAUGAUGUGUGGUUGCAUAUGCCUACUAAGUCUUGUGAAAAUGUAGAAAAUAAUGGUCGCAAUGGAAAAGUUGAUACAGAAGGUGGCGAAAAUGUCACACAAUCAUUACUCUCAACGUCGCAAAAUAAUUAUGCUCCUUUAGCCGAAAAAAAUCACAAUGUACACAAUCAUAAUCAUCAUCAUAAUGAUCAUCAACAGCAGCAAAACACUCAGCAGCAUCAACAUGGUCAUUGUCAUGCAGUGCCUGAUAAUAAUACUGUAUCUACCGAUUUAGAUGGAAAUGUUGUGGGUGAUUGUAGUGGUGCUAUAAAUACCGUAACUGGAGCAACGAAUGGCAAAGAAUUGGCCAAUGACAAUACUGUUACUAUUAUUCUGCGCGAACAUGAAUCUUCUCAUCAUGGUCAUUCACAUAAACAUGGUCAUGUUCACUCACCUCCGGAAUCUUUAAGUGCUGUUGUUUGGAUGAUUAUUAUGGGAGAUGGUUUGCACAAUUUCACUGAUGGCAUGGCAAUAGGCGCUGCCUUUGCUGAAAAUAUGGCCGGUGGAUUUUCAACAGCCUUAGCUGUUUUUUGUCACGAAUUACCACACGAAUUGGGAGAUUUUGCAAUAUUAAUGAAAGCUGGCAUGUCGGUAAAGUCAGCGGUUUACUAUAAUCUCUUAACUGGUGUAUUGAGUUUUAUAGGCAUGAUAUUCGGUAUUGUUUUUGGACAGUCGCAUGAAACUGCCCAAUGGAUGUUUGCAGCAGCUGCAGGACUUUUUAUAUACAUAGCCAUGGUAGAUAUGAUGCCAGAAAUAUCGGCAGCUCAUAAGUCAUUGCAGCAAUUUGCUUUACAAAUUUUGGGCAUGGCAAGUGGUGUUUUACUAAUGCUUUUGAUAGCAGUGUAUGAAGAUGAUUUAAGAAAUGUAUUUUCUACCGCCUAAAAAUUCAGCUAUUAAUCACAACAACCAAUGGAUUCCUAAAAAAUAACAAAAUAAUGAAAAUAGUUGUUAAAAACAAACUCUGUAUUCUUUUACUUAAAACAAGAAGAAACUACCACACGACUACUAUCACUACUUUCAAAAUAACUAUGAUUAGGAACAGAACAUAAACAAACAAACCAUUAAUUAGUCAUAUUAGUAAUACAUUCAAUACAAUUAUAUAAAUAUUAAAAAAAACAUAAGUAAAAUUAAAAAAAUCAUCAUUUGUAUUUAUACCAAGUAUAUUAAGCUCAAAUGUUAAUUAUUCACAGUCGCCAAUCAAACACGUACAUACACUCUUUCACUCACAUAUACAUAAAUAUU